AUGGCAACGUCUGAAAGGGAAGGAAGCGAGUCAGAUCUCAAAGAUAAUUCAGCUGAAACUGGUGUGAACGAGAAACAAGAUGAAAAAACUGAUGAUCAUGAAAUGAAAAACACAGGUCAUUGCCAAAAUUAUUGCCUUAGAGCCCUAUUCGUGAUCCUAGGCAUAGUUGGAGGGGUAGCUUCUGUAUCACUGAUAACUUUAGCGAUAUUAACUUCAAUAGCGACGAAGGCGUAUGAUGCUGAGCAAUCCAGCCGAAUAGCGAACAUGGUUUUCAUUUCGGUCUUAGCAGCAAUAACAAUAUGCACCAUCAUCUAUGGAGAAGUCGCUGUCUUCAAAAGACAUUCCAAAUCUGUCAAUGUGGCAGCGGUGGUGCUGCUGCUCCUCGCCGUAGUGCAGGCAUUAAUUGCUGGCAUAGCAGUCAAUGUGGAACCAGACGAUGAAGCUAAGCUCCUUAAGUCAUUGAUAGAAUCCUUCAAGCUGGCGCGAGAGGAAAACUCGAGGCACGUGAAGAUGUGGGCGAUGACUCAAUCAGAUUUAAAUUGUUGCGGGGUCUACGGUCCGGAAGACUACCGACAUUCGAAGAUACCUUACUACUUUCCACCGAACGUCCCCAUCUCAUGCUGUCCAACUUACGACUCCUCAAGGUCGGAUCUUGUGCAAGAAAAGGAUAGAGAACUCUGCAAAGUUAAGAAGUCUUACUACACAGAUGGGUGCAAGGACCUUGUUCUUAGUGUUUUUAAGGAAACUUCAUCAAUGGUGUUCGCUGUAGCAGUUUUACUUAUUGUAGUUGAGGUAUACCGUUUAGUUAGCUACGCGACGCUAGCGCCAUCUAUUGGUGCUAACGUCGCUUACUAUAACUAUUUUUGUCACGAGAUAUACUUUGUGCCCCCGCAAUAUUGCCUAGCACCCUUUAAUCACAGCGAUUGCAAAUUGCCGCCGCGGCAAGUCUUCGCCUAUUAUAAACCAGGUUCAAGAUGUGAACUCGAAGUCUGGAGGGGUUGUCCGACACUCAACAAAUUUGACAAUGAGUACCAGUGCAGCAUGAACUGUAUUUUUAGAAGCCGAAAAGUGGUUGAACCAACCCAACCAAUUGAUGAAUGCACAUUAUCACUCAACAAAGGCCAAUGUAAUGAUAAGACGCAGAUUGUAUACACGCACGUGGAUGGCUAUUGUAUCCAAGCAGAAUGGGGAGGCUGUGCAACAUAUAACAAGUUUGACACCAAAGCAGAAUGUAUCGAGAAAUGUCACGCAGAGGAUGAAUACGACUCUAACUACGACAGUUUCGAAGUAAAUGAAAGGUUACAGGACAUAAACGACUUAUUGAAAUACAUUAUUGAAGAAGCAGUAGCAAAUAAAACAACAAAAACAACAACAACAACAACGACUACUACUACAACACCAACACCAACAACACGAACCACAGCUCCAACAACAACAACUACAACAACACCACCAACAACACUAAUAACAACUACAACAACAACAACACCACCACCACCAACAACAACAACAACAACAACAACAACAACCACCACAAAAACACCACCACCAACAACAACAACCACAACACCACCACCACCAAAAACAACAACAACAACACCAACACCAAUAGUUACUGAAUUAGAUACUAAUGAUAGUUUAAUUGCUGCUGAUAUUGUCGAAACAACUACCGAUCAUACCUAUACUACGACAGACAACAUUGAAGACAGUACUAUUGAUGAGGUCCAGUUACCAUCAUAA